UAACCAUUAUCCCCCGGGGCAGAAGGGAGGCUGCUUCGAUUUAACACUUCAGCACCUGCAUCAAAAGAGGGGAAAGUAGCCACCCGCUUAUCCAGUUUGCGGAUUUGCUCCCAAGUCCAUUCUCUCAUCCAAAUCUCCAAACUGAGCCCCUUCACCUGCUCACCCAGAAGUCAAGGCCCCCCCUUCCCCUCUCCGAAUACACGCACACACCGCUUUGAGCGGAGCUCCAUCUCUUCAAGAUGUCCAAGGUAGCCAAGUACCGCAGACAGGUGAGCGAAGAUCCUGAUAUUGACAGCUUGCUGUCUACGCUGUCUCCGGAGGAGAUGGAGGAGCUGGAGAAGGAGCUGGAUGUGGUGGACCCAGAUGGGAGUAUUCCCGUGGGGCUCCGGCAGAGGAACCAGACAGACAAGCAGUCCACUGGCUUGUACAAUCGUGAAGCCAUGCUCAAUUUCUGUGAAAAGGAGACCAAGAAACUUAUCCAGAGGGAAAUGUCAAUAGAUGAAAGCAGGCAAGUGGAGACCAAGACAGAUGCCAAGAAUGGAGAUGAGAAGGGUAGGGAUGCUGGUAAAAAAGCCCUUAGUUCCAAACGGGACUCUGACCUGGGAAAAGAGUCAAAGAAGGACAGUCCAAAAAUAAGCCAACAAAAAGAGAAAGAUGAAACAGAUGGCAAACGCAAAGAGAAACUCAAGGAUGACAAAGUCCUGAGGGGCAUAGACAAAGGCAGGGUCAAGGCUGCUGUGGACAAGAAAGAGAUGGGGAAGGAUGGGAAAGGAGAAGAAAAAACAGUGGCAGCAAAGAAAGCGGAUGAGAAGAAAGGAAUUGAAAGGAGCAGAAGUGUGAGCAACGACAAGGAGAAGAAGGGAGAAGACAAGAGUGAAGGAGAUAAAAAAAAGGAGGAAGAGAAAGUGAAAACAGGGAGUGGCAAAGAGGAGGUAAAAAAUGAAGAUGGGAAAGUUAAGAAGGGGGAUCCCGCCACCCCAAAGGAGACUAAGGAUGAUGGCAAGCCCAAGAAUAUUAAGGCUGCAGAGUCUGAGAAGCCAGUCUCCAGUAUCCCUGCCAAGGCCCCAGAGACUCCCGCCAAGGCCCCAGAGACUCCUGCCAAGGUCUCAGAGACUCCCACUAAGGCCCCAGAGACUCCCGCCAAGGCCCCAGAGACUCCGGCCAAGGCGGAAGAGGAAGCGGCCCCUAGCAUAUUUGAUGAACCUCUGGAAAAGGUGAAGAAUAAUGAUCCAGAGAUGACAGAGGUAAAUGUCAAUAACUCAGAUUGCAUCACAAAUGAGAUCCUGGUCAAAUUCACCGAGGCUCUGGAAUUCAACACUGUGGUCAAAGUGUUUGCCUUAGCCAACACUCGGGCCGAUGACCAUGUGGCUUUUGCUAUUGCCAUCAUGCUCAAGGCCAACAAGACCAUAACCAGUGUCAACCUGGACUCAAACCACAUCACUGGCAAAGGCAUCCUGGCCAUCUUCCGGGCUCUGCUCCAGAACAACACGCUGACGGAGCUUCGCUUCCAUAAUCAAAGACACAUCUGUGGAGGCAAGACCGAGAUGGAAAUCGCCAAGCUCCUCAAGGAGAACACCACCCUCCUCAAACUGGGCUAUCACUUUGAACUGGCGGGUCCCCGGAUGACCGUCACCAAUUUGCUCAGCCGCAAUAUGGACAAACAGAGGCAAAAGAGGCUGCAGGAGCAGAAGCAAGCACAGGGUGCCGGUGGGGAGAAGAAGGACCAGCUGACAGUGCCCAAGAUUGGGACCCUGCCCAAAGGUUCCCCUAAGCCAUCUCCACAGCCUUCCCCAAAGUCCUCCCCGAAGAACUCCCCCCAAAAGGGUGGCUCUCCUGCCGCCCCACCCCCACCUCCACCUCCCCUGGCUCCUCCCCUCUUGCCAGAGAACCUAAGGAAUUCCCUUUCUCCAGCCACCCAAAGGAAGAUGGGGGAUAAGGUCCUCCCAGCACAAGAGAAGAACUCUCGGGACCAACUGCUAGCUGCCAUCCGUUCCAGCAACCUCAAGCAGCUCAAGAAGGUGGAAGUACCCAAACUGCUUCAGUAGGACGAGGGGCCUGGGGACAGUGUCUGCCCAUCCCAUAACUGUGCUCAGACCAAGCCUCCCAGAAUGAUGCAGACCUCCCCCAACCUCAGCUUCCUGCUGUGGAGGGACCUACUCUGUGAAGGGAGUCCCAGGAGACAGGCCAACGACCCUGAAGUCCAGGCCAUAUUCAAGGAAAGACACCUCCUUUAAGCUCACCUUUCUUUUCUUAUCUUUGAGAUGCUCCAAGGAUUUCUUUUCCCUGGAAUAGAGGGUUCUGGACUAUGAGUCAACCUCGUGUGCCACUCAGAAAGUGGCAUAUUCCUGGGCACCAUGUUCCCAGCUAGCCAUGGAAGACCUGUGGCUAGAGAGAUGCCCUGCAAGGACCACAUGACACUCUUCUUCCUUUCCUCCCAAAGCCUGCUGCUCCUGUGGCUGGGAUUCGGCUCUUCGAGGAGCCCAGGAGACACAGUUGAUGGGGUUGGUGGGUCUCUGAAUGUGGCCCUGCCAGGAGAAGGGAGAUGGCUUGGUAUGGAAGGGUGGAGGUGAGCAGGAGGCAAAAAGGAAUCAUAUUUGUUUAGGCUGCACAUAAUUGGGAAGAGUUUUCAGAAAAGAGAUGAAAGUGAUAGGGACCCAAGAAGGGAGUAGCAGUGCUCCUGGAAUGUGUCUGGGUUGAUUGGAAAGGAAGUGGUGGGAACAGCAGUGUUUUGGAUUGACUUUUCAGAGGUUGAAAUGAAGGGGAAGGGGAAGGGGCCGGCUGCUGGGCAAGAAUGAGAGAGGGGCAAACCCAGAAUGACAGUUGGUCAUACCAGAUACCAACAGACAUGUCCCUCAUAUUACUAGCUACUGUAUAGGAUAGCUGUGUAUCUGUUUUUUUUUUCCAUAAGAUUUUGAUAAUAUAUACAAACCUUUAGCUGCCUAA